AUGGUCCUGUUGGUUACUACGGAUCGCAUACACGUCGCAUUCGAGGCCGUUUCAUCCGCGCGUCGCGAAGAGCUAGACUUACCUCCUACGCUGGAACUACAGGGCCCGAUAGCCCAUGAGCAACUAAUCCGGCUCGCGAAACACCUACAAAAUGACACAGAAUACAAAGCUCAAAAUUCCCAUAAGCCGACUAUCCUAAGCUCCCUUCUCCGCGGAACAACAGUCUACGUGCCUCCGCCACCAAAGAAGCCAGAACCGAGUGCCGAAUACCUCGCAUCCAAAGCGCGUCUCCUUGCAGCAUCAGAGCAGGAGUCUUACAACCGUCUCCUGGACCCAUCAUAUAGACCCGCGCCCGAGCAUGCGGACCCAUACUCAUCGCCGUACACGAGCGACGGCUCUGCGGAGGAAGAUACAUUGACGCUGUCACUGGUGUCGAGUAUAUUCAUCUCGGUGCUGGUGACUGGGUUUGCGGUGUACGGUGCGCUGACCAAGUUCUCUGCGCCAGAUAUCGUGGCGCAAUGGUUUGCCUCGAGUGGGGAUGUGACGGAGGUGCAGAGGCAAGGUGCGGGUGAGGCGGUGCGCGUGCUUUUCGCGAUUUUUUCGGCUAUCAGUGUUGCUGUUGCGGAGUCGUUCUUGUACUUUACGUAUCUCGGGAAGGUGGAGUCGGCUAAGGCUAAGGAGAGGAAGAGGAAGGAGAAGAAGGUCUUCAUUGGUAGGGUUGGAGAUGAUGGGGAGACUGAGUCUGGUGGUGAGGUUCCGGUUGGUGGUGAGAAGGAGGAGAUUUGGGGGAAGGGUGUUAAUGGUGGUGUUAGGAGGAGGGUGAGGGAGAAGUGGGAGAAGGAGAGGGAUGGACAUGGACCAGGUGAAGAAGAUUCAUGA